UCGAAUUGUACCCGGGAGACGGUGCUGGCUGUGACUACUGUACCGAUUUGCAGAGCUGGAGCUCGGGGAGAGGGUGGGACUUCCUUUCUUGUGUGUACAUGCGAAGUUAUAGGCCGCAGCCCCGGUAUACUUGUGUGUAGAAACCAGGCCGCAGCCAGGGAUAUCGCGUACUCCAUAUCCAGGGCCUGAGGCCUCUUUCCUGGCGUCUUCUUUGUUCUUUUUGCUUCAAGUGGUCCCAGUGGAAUAGUAGAUGAGACAGAGGUUAAAAACACACUGCACAAUUCAACCGCAUUGUAUCUGUAGAUACGUAUUUGAGAUCAUCAGUGAAAUUUAGUAACUGCGCAGUUACACCAAGCACCUGUCAGGCUCCUGGUACAGGGGUCUGUGGGUGAGGAAGGGGGGUGCCUGACAUGCCGGUUGCCUCUCUUGACUCCUGAUGAAGAUGGGCACUCAGGGAAGCCCUGUGAAGAGCUAUGACUACUUGCUGAAAUUUCUGCUGGUUGGAGACAGCGAUGUGGGAAAGGGAGAGAUCUUGGCAAGCUUACAGGAUGGAGCAUCGGAGUCUCCUUACUCUUAUAGUAAUGGUAUUGACUACAAAACCACUACUAUCCUGCUGGACGGGCGGCGAGUCAAAUUAGAGCUUUGGGACACAUCUGGCCAAGGAAGGUUUUGCACCAUAUUUCGCUCAUAUUCUAGAGGAGCUCAGGGCAUUCUCUUGGUUUAUGAUAUCACCAACCGAUGGUCCUUUGAUGGGAUAGACCGAUGGAUCAAGGAAAUAGAUGAGCAUGCACCAGGCGUGCCCAGGAUACUGGUGGGUAACAGAUUGCACUUAGCAUUUAGGAGACAAGUCCCCACUGAGCAGGCUCGGGCGUACGCUGAAAAAAAUGGUAUGACCUUUUUUGAAGUCAGCCCCCUCUGCAACUUCAAUGUAAUAGAAUCCUUUACAGAGCUGUCUCGCAUUGUCCUGAUGAGACAUGGGAUGGAAAAGAUCUGGAGACCAAACAGAGUGUUCAGCCUACAGGACUUGUGCUGCCGUGCCAUUGUUUCCUGCACUCCUGUGCAUCUAAUUGACAAGCUACCACUACCAGUGGCUAUCAAAAGCCACCUCAAGUCUUUCUCUAUGGCCAAUGGUAUGAACGCUGUGAUGAUGCACGGACGCUCCUACUCUGUAGCAGGCGGUAGUGGUGGUGCCACAGGAAGUGGAGGUGGCAGCAAGGGCAACAGCCUCAAACGCUCCAAAUCCAUCCGGCCGCCCCAGAGCCCACCUCAGAACUGCUCAAAAAGCAACUGUAAAAUAUCUUAGUUUGCAGAAAUGGGAGCCUCCAGCUGGCACUAAUUCCACCAAAAUAAAUUAUGAGAUGGAUGCAAAGACUGAGUCAUCAAAAAUGGCCAUAUGCAUGAACAAGAGGCCCUUCCUUCUGCAAAGUGGCUGGGGUCCUUGGGGAAUCCGAGUGGAUGAAGAGAGAGAGAUCAGAUUUCCACCCUUCCGGUUGGUGCUACCCAACCAACCUUAAAUAUUAAGGGUUUUGCACUGCAUGAUGGACCUGGCUAACUCCUACUUACCCAAGGACCUGGGAGAUUUCAGCAUAGAGUAUUACUCUUUCCAGUCCUUGUUUAUUUAUAAUUCCAUGUAUAUUAACAGACUUUUUUUUAAAAUAAAUAUAUAUGUAUAUAUAUAUAUAUAUUGCCGGGUAAUACUCUACUGUAUCAAGCUGUAAAUAAAGAUAAGUCUUUGUAUACAGGUUUUCAAGGGGGCAGACAAGUCAUAGCAGUUUGUAUAACUCCUUUGUUCCAGCAAAAUGUAUUGGGAAGUUAUAUAAUUUAAAGCAAAUUUUUACAGAUUUGGGUAAAUGGCAGUUUGGUGGUUUCCACCUCAAUUUACCUGAAUCAGGAAAUAAUUAUAUUUUAUAAUUGGCUAAAUUUAUGGUAAAAUAGUCAUCUGUGGCCUGUUUAUUUUUAAAGUGAAGGUAAACUUUGAUGAAUGAAAGCCUUUUUUUUUUUUUUUUUUUUAAUAUAAAUACUAUUUAAAACGGGCACUUUCAUUCAUCAAAGUUUAGAAGGCAGCCGUUUUGAUUAAAAACUUACCUUUGGUUUUUUUCACAUCCAGAGCAGCUUCCCCCAUCCGGAGAUCCUCUCUUCACACGUCGUCAAUGACUAAUCCAGCUUCCUCCAAUCACGGCAUGGCCUCAGGCAAUGACUACCCUGGGGGAAAAGCCGUGAUUGGAGGAAGCUGGAUUAGUCAUUGAUGACGUGUGAAGAGAGGAUCUCUGUUGGGGAAGCUGCUCUGGCUGUGCAAAGAAGAGGGGUAAUUUUUUUUUUUUUUUUUUUUUUAAUCAAUAUGGCUGCUUUGUAAACUUUGAAUGAAUACUGUUUUUAAUAUUAUUUUUAAAAAAGGGUUUUCAUUCAUCAAAGUUUACCUUCACUUUAAGGGCGCUUCCUAUGAUAAAAGUAUUGUUACUCAUUUAAAGGGAUAUUUUACCCUUUAGAUCCUCAUAAAUUAGUUAAUGAAAAUAAGAUUACAUUAUUUAUUUUGCUUAUUUUUUCCCUAUAAAAUUUUCUUGCUUUUGCUGUAAAACUUGUGGUCAUGCUACGUUACCUAGAGAGGCCAAAGUCUAUAAAUACAUUGUGCUGCACAUUUUCUAAACAAGCUACAUAUCUUAACGUACUUGGUUGAGGCCAAUUGAGACUAACUACAAAAUGGUCUCUAAAGAAUUGCUGUGCAUUACAUAAUCUGAGAUCCAGCCUCUUACGGGGGUGUCAAGGAAACACAAUUUUUAUAGCAAAGAAAAAUAAUUUCCAGCAGAAUAAAGAAUGUAUAUUGUAAUGUUUAAUUUUCAUUAUUUAUGAGGAAUUACAUUUUGAGUUUUAAUUUUCCUUUAAGUAGAAAAAAUGUCUUGCUGCAGUGAGCGAAGACCGCAAACCCAACUGUUCAGGAAAUACGUGUUUGCAAUGUUCUACCUCAGUAUGUUUUCUCAAUUAAGCCAUUAGUAACAUGGUAUUGAGGGUAAUAAAAUAUGAAAUAUAAAGUGUGCCAGCGCCCAUGCCUUAUACGUUUUUAGGUUCUUCAUUUUGCAGAUGCAGCAAAGGAGUUAACAUGGCACGUUCACGGGUCUUAGGCUACUUCUGCUAAUUGCCUGUUCCUGUGGUUACUGCCUAUGACGUCAUUGCCUUUGCCCCCUCUACAGGCUCACUGAGAUAUAGUUAUGUUAGAAGGGGAGAAAGAUGAUCUUCGUGCCUACCUAUGAAGCAAGUUGCUGCUGGUUUCUUAUAUGGAAAACCUUGGAUAUCCUUUAGCAACUGUUGAGAAAAGGAUUUCAAAGACCCCUUUCUCCUCAUGUUAGUUUUUUGUAUAUGUGAAACCUAUAUGUCCCUCUGUUGCUAGAGGUACAUUUUAACAGAAGAAUAGUAAAUGGCUUUAUUAGUUCAUUUGUUCCCCAAACAGCCUCUGAUGUUUAAAGCAAUAUUCUAAUACAAAAAGUAAUUUAAACCAAAUGUUUUUUGCACCAGUGUCACUUGGUAGCCACGUUUAAAGGGACCACUAAACCCAAUUUUUUUUCUUUCAUUAUUUGGAUAGAGCAUGCAAUUUUAAGCAACUUUCUAAUGUACUCCUAUUAAUUUGUCUUUGUUCUCUUGGUAUCUUUAUUUAAAAAAAUAAAAACAGGAAUGAAAGCGUUGGAGCCGACCCAUUUUUGGUUCAGCACUCUGGAUUACAUUACUACAUUUAGCCAUCCAAUCAACAAGCGCAACCCAGGUGCUGAACCUAAAACGGCCGGCUCCAAAGCGUUCAUUCUUCUUUUUCAAAUGAAGAUACAAAGAGAACGAAGACAAAUUGAUAAUAGGAGUAAAUUAGAAAGUUGCUCAAAAGGGAAUGCUCUAUCUGAAUCGUGAAAGAAAAAAUUUAGGUUUAGUGUCCCUUUUAACCUCUGCAAAAGGGUUAAACCAACAGCUAAAAGUAUGUCGUGGUAGCACAAUGCAAUAUAGCUCAUUAGCAAUUCAAAGAUGGUGAUUGGUGGCUACACACACAAACUACUCCUAAUUGGCUCACCCUCUGUGCUCUGCUCAGACACUGCAAUGUGUUGUGAAUCCCAGACAUGACUUUAGUUGUAUGUUUACCCCCUUUUGCGAGCAAUUAAAGGAACAUAAUACCCAUAUGUAGCAUAUAUCUCAAAAGCUGACACGUAAACGUGAACAUCUGUUUUAGAUAACACUUCAGCUCACCAGAGUAAGUGCUCUGUGAUACAGAGCUCACACUUUGCUUUACUGUGAUCAUCUAGGAAUUCCAUGAAAUCUCGCAAGAUUUCAUAGUAAACUUCCUUAAAUGGAGGGAAAUAAAGUGAUUUAGCCUGCACAUGGUAGACUCACCUUUCAUUGAAGUCCUGAGACAAGUAUCCUGAUUGGUUGCUUAAAGGCUAUUUAAAAUAGCCCGUAAUAAAUAAUUUUGAGGUAAAAUAUCCUACUUUUUUACAUAGAGAUGUUCAUAUGAUAUUUUCUAACCAGUGUUUUGCAGAUAUGCUUUAUCAAGUGGUUCAACAUAUGGGUGUUCCGUCCCUUUAAACAUGUAGUUGGAAUUGGCCAGCAACACUAAUGCAAAUAUUAUGUUAGAACCUUUAAUUUUUGCAUUUGAAUGUCCCUUUAAAUGUCAUUAAUAUUUUUUUAUUUAAUUAAUGGAAAUUGUAUAAACAUACAAGUUUGUAAAAAAAAAAAGUUUAAAAAGUUGCCAUUUUAUUAUUCUGAAGUCAACAUACUUUUUUUUUUUUAAUGGUGUGGCUAUUUUUUUAUUUUUUUUAACUUGGCAGAUGUUACCUUUUACACAUCUGUUUUGUAUAUCCUAAAUUAUAUAGGCACUUGUAUUUAAAAAAAAAAAAAUUAAUAGAUUUUUUUUCUCCUGUCUAUUUUUAUUUUUUAUUUAAAUCAAAUGUUUUGUCUAAGCUGUUGCUGUAAGAUUAAGUUGAUGAACAAAUUACCAGCAGUUGCAUUUUUGGUACAGCUAAUUUUGCAAUCUGCCUGAGGGGACGGUUAAUUACCAGGUAAUAUUAAAAUUACUCAGGACCCAGAGAAAAAUGUGUAUAAUCCUAUUAAACUUUGAAGCCAUAGAAACACUUUUUUUUUUAUUUUUCCUUUCCCUUUUUAGAGCGAUGCAACUCAUUAAAGGGACACGCAACUCAAAAUGUUUCCUUCAUUAUUCAGAGCAUACAAUUUUAAACUUUCACAUUUAUUUCUAUUCUCUUGUUUGCGUAGUUCUUUUGGUUUCUUUUGUUAAAACGCAUACCUAGGUAGGCUCAGGAGCUGUUUGCAUUUUGGUGGAUGCACAUAUAUGCGUCUUAUUGACUUAUCAAUAUGUUCAGCUUGAUCCCAGUACUGCAUUCCUGCUCCUUUAAUCAAGGAUAGUAAGAGAUUGAAGCAAAAUUAAUAAUAUAAUUAAUUGGGAAAGUUGUUUAAAAACAAUGCUUUAUCUGAAUCAUAAGAGGAAUUUUGCUUUUCAUGUCCCUUUAAAUGGUUUUGCUUGUUUACUGUCCCUUAACUUUGGUUAUAAACACUAAUGUGUACAUGAUGUCCGCCGUGCGUUUUGACAUGUUAAAAUACAUUCUAUUCCCUAUGCUCUCCUAUUCCAGUUGCCUGAAACAUUCUAACAUUUUAGUAGUUUUCCUUUGUCUUGGCAGUCCUUUCAGUGUGGCACUUUUAUCUCCUUACACCGCUCCUUAACAAGUGUUGUAAUUCUCAUAGAAAAAAACCCCCUGUUUAGCUUUUACUACACUCAUCUAAGGAUAAACGCACACAAGACACUUUUAUUUGUGCUGUCUGGAUUAGGCAUGUUGUUGACUUUCUACCCAUUGAUUAGGAGCUGUUGCAAAGCGGUUUACAUUAAUUCCUACAAAUUGAACGGUGAAUAAGAAUGCUUGGAUUAAAAUAUAUAACUUUUGUGUUUUGUUUUAAUGCUGCUCUGUACUUUUAUAGCAUUCCUGCACUGGUCUUAUUGUAUUGUGUAGGGCUCAAUUCAUCAACUGUGAAAACUUGAUCUGUAUCCCCCCCCCCCCCCUAAAUAAACUAAAAUCCCUAAAUUUUAA